AUGGCUACCUUGAACCUGUCCCAGAACGGGCCCUCAAUCACCAACAGCUACCAGAAGAUCGUGAACUCUUCGCCGUCCGGUCCGGCUGCAGCUUCGCCCACCUACGGCAUAUGGGCCGUGUUCUCCGUCAAGGCUCCGCUUGCCAAUGCCUUCCAGGCAGAGUCCGGCAAGGAGAGCAUCUUGAACGUGCAGACCACAGGCGAGGGGGAGUUGGCAGAUCUGCUCGAAGACUUCUCGGACGGACGCAUUCAAUUUGCUUUCGUCAAGGUCAAGGACCCCAACACAACGCUACCAAAGAGCGUGCUCAUUGCGUGGUGUGGAGAGGGCGUGCCGGAGAGGACCAAGGGCUACUUCACCAGCCACCUUAGUGCCGUCUCGAAAGUGUUACAUGGAUACCACGUGCAGGUCACUGCAAGAUCAGACCGCGACCUGACUCCUGAGGUGAUCGUGCAGAAAGUAGCAGAUUCCUCAGGCUCAAAGUACAGCGGAGGAGGCUCUGUGCCAGCGCCGGCAUCAUCCCGUCCUCCACCACCAAAGGCAAAGCCGGUCUUGCCUACGAAGAGCUUUGGAGCUGCCGGCGGCUUCCAGCCUUUGGGGGGCGUGCGAACACGGGCGCCCGCGCCAUCAGGUCCGACAGACGAUGAUGGCUGGGGUCAGGACGCCCCACAAGUCUCCAGAUCGCAGCUGGAGAAGGUCGAAUCUGCCUACAAGCCUACGAAGGUCGACAUCAACGCCUUGCAAUCACAGCGCGAGCCCUCGAAAUACCAAGCACCUUCCCGUCCCAGCAACGGUAGUGCUGAUGUAGUAAGCGGUGGAUACCAACCAAUAGGCAAGGUCGAUAUCGCUGCUCUGAGAAGGCAGGCUCAAGAGGGUGCGAGCACGCAAGAUGACAGACCAACUGUGGUAAAGGGUGCAUACGAGCCAGUCGGCAAGGUAGACAUCAACGAGAUCAGGCGCAAAGCACAGGGUGCACCAGCUGCAGCACAGCCUCCGCCACCACAGCCAAGCGCUGACGAAGAGGACCGACCAAGGUCGCUGGCAGACCGUUCUGCGGCCUUCACACAAGCGAAACCAUUGACAGAGCUCCCCAAGCCCAAGGUCGCAAACCGCUUCGGAGCGGCCGCAGGCACUUUUGGAGGCACGAAGGCUCCAACACCGGGUGGAUUCGAGGCCAAGCCACUUGCCGCUGCUGCGCCGGUUGGAACUGCAAGCAAAACCUUUGCUGAUGAGGGUGGAAAGACACCAGCACAGCUUUGGGCUGAGAAGAAGGCACGAGAGCGUGGAGACAGCGGUGCUGCUCAGACCCAGAUACCAUCUCACUCUGGCACUCCAGCUUCCCCUAUCAGAAGUCAAGAGAGUAGUCAGUGGCAGAGUGGGUAUGAAGGCAAGAAGUGGGGCGUGCAGAUCCCGACACGUACUGGCGGCAGCGGCAUCAGCGAGCAGCGCACGGGUCACGAUCAAUCACAGGAAGAGAAUGAGCCUCCUACUGGUGGCGUUGGCUCGAUAAGGGACCGCUUUGCUGGCGCUGCGCCGAUGGGAGCAAGCCGCGAGGCAACUGGUGCGCCCGAGCCGCCACCGCUUGACACUUCCAGCAAACCAAAUGCAGGUGUGCGCGGCGUGCCCAUUCCUGGACUCCCACAGCGACCAGCAGAGGAAGAUGUGCCGGCUGAGCAGCAUCAGGACCUACCUCCUCCGCCACCCCGACCUCAGCCGGAUGAAGAUGAGGAAGAGAACGAUUAUGAGCCGCAGGGAUCACCCGUCCGCAUCGCUAUGCCAGUCAGUCGUGGUCCUGAGCCUAUAGAGCCAGCAGAUGACCUACCAUCACGGCCAGUACCGACCGCUUCGAUUGAGAACGCGAUUGCAAGCCACAGAGAACCUUCGCCCGAGCCACAAGCACAAGACGACGAUCCAUCUCGUGGCGCUGCACAGGCUGCUGCUCACACCACAUUCGGCGAAGUGCAGGAUCCACGCGGUGCCGGCGACUCUGGCGGUAAGGAGGCCGUUGCUCAAUUUGACUACGAGAAGGAUGAAGAGAACGAGAUUGCGCUCCGAGAAGGCGAGCGUAUCACUAACAUCGACAUGGUCGAUGAAGACUGGUGGAUGGGUGAAAACAGCCGAGGUGAACGUGGUCUUUUCCCAAGCAAUUAUGUCGAGCUCGUUGAGAGUGGUGCAGGAGCAGCCGCUGUUCCACCUCCCGCGCCACGUGCUACCGAAGCUGAGCCUCCAGCUGCGCCUCAGCAACCUGCCGGCGCCCAAGGGCGUACAGCGACCGCCGAGUACGACUACGAUGCAGCGGAAGAGAAUGAGCUUAGCUUCCCAGACGGCGCCAAGAUCACGAACAUCGAAUUCCCAGAUGACGAUUGGUGGCAGGGCGAGUUCAACGGACGUAUCGGUCUUUUCCCUGCAAACUAUGUCACGCUGGACAAGUAG